AUGUUAGGAAGUUUAACUCAUUUCAAUCAAACCGAUUCAGCUUCUCAUCCUGCUACAGGAGCUAGUAAAUCAACAGGCAAUACUCAACCUAAUCCUUCUCACUUAUCUAAAGCGGUUCGAAAAGAUCCUGCUGUCUUUCCUUUAGCUUUUAUUAUUGGUAGUGUGAUUUUAGUUGCUGGGUAUUUCGUUACACAAAAAGCUCCUAAGGAAGGUGGAGGUGUUGAAUCUUAUGGUCCUAAUAGACCUCCCACUUCUCCAUCAAGACCGGUGAAAUCUGCUACUGGGCUUUCUUCUAAUGUUCCUUAUAACUUUUCAGGAUUGUUUAAGAUCUCUAAUUCUCAUGAGAUUCAAUCUCAACCUUUUUCAAAGUUUUUCCUUAGGAAGAAUUAG